AUGCAGAGGCCUUACCCUCCGAUAUAUCACACUCCGCAGUCGAAUUCACCGGCUUCCGUAACCUCGCCUCAAACUCACGAUCCGGCGCGGCCCAUGUAUGCUCAACCAGGCUCUCAACUGAGCCAGCCGCUCUAUGGCUAUCAGUAUGGGAUGAAUUCGGUACAUCAGCCCACCUACGGACAACACCAUGCGGCUUCUCAGCAACACCAGAUCAACUCUCAGUCGAUGCUACCAUAUCAAUCCACAAAUCCGCAAAUUGCUCAACCCCAGGUUGCAUCACACCAUCCAGCCAUUUCCAGCAGCCCAAGAUUGAAGUCAGAGCCGAGUCAACAUUAUCAACAAACACCACAGGCGCGGCCGGGAAUGCUUCAGCAACAGCAACAACAUCCGACCCCAGGUCCUCAGCCCUCACCUCUGCCACAGCAACAGCAGCAGCAGCCCGCUCUCCCGCAACAGCAACAGCAGCAACCCACACUCCAACAGCAGCAACAACAAGCACAACAGCAACAGCAACAACAACAGCAACCGCCAUCACAACAAAUGCCGCCGAAUUUGCAGCCAAACUCCAACGCCGCCCCCGGACCUAUUCCUGCCACGACACCUUUAAAGAUCCGGCAAGAUGGGAACGGUGUGCAGUGGAUAGCUUUCGAAUACUCCAGAGACCGCGUCAAAAUGGAGUAUACUAUUAGGUGUGAUGUCGAAUCGGUGGACCCCGCUAUUUUACCGCAAGAAUUCAAAUCGGAAAAUUGUGUCUACCCGCGAGCCUGUGUGCCAAAAGAACAGUACAAAGGAAACCGUUUGAAUUAUGAGACAGACUGCAACAACGUGGGUUGGGCAUUGGCAGAGCUGAAUCCGUGCCUUCGAGGCAAGCGAGGAUUGAUUCAGAGGGCAGUCGACAGCUGGAGAAACAGCAACCAAGAUCCGCGAUUGCGAAGUCGUCGGGUCAGGCGACAAGCCAAAAUGAACAGGUCGAAAUUAACACCUUCGACCAUGGGCAAGGCCCCCGGAUCGGGUGGUCCCGUGUCGACAGGGCUUCCCGGUCCAAACUCAAUGGCAGCUCCCCCCACUAGGCCACCCGGUACUCUAUCCAGCACACAGGCUCAGCUCCUUCAUCAUGCCCAGGAUGUGUCUCCCACGGGGCAUGAGAAUGUCGGAGCUCCUACUUAUAAUCCCGCCCAGCAAGCUUACCGACAAAAUUCCGUAACUCCGCAAAUGACGAGUCCAAAUGACUUGCGCCAAAGUCAUGUUUUUACGGGCUAUCCAAGCUACCCGGCGUCGUUAGCUCCUUCUAUGGGACCGUCCAUGGCUCCAUCAAUGCAGGCAGGUCUACACCAUCUUGGACGGCCUGGAGGGACAGCUGCCAUGACUUCAAGAGAACAAGAGGAGAAGAAUGAGGAAGACAACGCCUUGUUCGGAGAGCUGCCGGAAGGCAAGCGGCGAAAGUUCAUCUUGGUCGAGGAUACGCAGAAGAAUGCCCGCGUACGAGUCAAAGUGACUCUGGAUCAAAUUGAGAUGAGUGAGAUCCCGGACUCUUACCGCAAGCAGAACUCCGUCUUUCCCCGAGCAUACUUCCCGGUCCAGAUGCAAACUGGUCCCGAGCCGACUCCAGGCGCCCGAUUUGUUGAAGAAGGGGAUGAAGUUGAUGGCGGGGUGCCGACAAUUGGAAAAACGUCUGUCUCUGUUCCGACCACGGAUGGAGAAGCUGAGGUGUCUGUGCCUCUGAUUUCUAGAAGCAAACGAGGUCGAGAGCAGAAGAUCAAUGAACUGGGGUAUCGCAUGGCUUGGGGACAGGGUCGAGUGUUUUCGGGCAGACCAAUCUUCCUCGCUCGAGCGCUCGACGCUUAUCGCAGCAAGCAACGAAGUGCACUCAUCAACGCUGGUUCCGACCCAUCAAAUAUCCCCGCUCACCUCGAAACUCGACCGGGCAAGAGAAAGUGGCUCGAAAGAACAAGAACUGCCGCGGCGCAAGCUCCAACACCACCAGGCGCAGCUUCGGACUGA